CAAAGAAUUAUUUUCUCUCUCUUUUUUAAUGCCACCAAUAUCGUCAUGUCACUCCUCAACUACCCAAUAUAUACCCCUCAUUUAAUUCAAAACCAUCCUAGCAUAAUUCAAACUCUCUCCUCCUCCCUCUAUACGACUAAGAGUAGUUAUUUCAAUUCUCUCCCCCUACUACUGUACAUCCCUGGAAAAUCAAAGUGAAAUUCAGUUUUCUGGCCAUUUGGGUCUUCCUAGAAAAAUGCUACCCGAUAUCUCAACUUUUCUAGAGGGCACAGAGAAACUAACCGAAGAGCUGAAAGUAAAAGAAGAAUCAUCUGAGGAUGAUUUGAUUCAAGAAGAUGAACCUAAAUAUGAAGAAUUAGAUGAUGAUGAUGAUGACGAAGAAAAGGAUAUUGAUGAUCAUCAUGAGAUUGAACUUGUUGAUGCUAAUGAUGAAGAUUUUUCUUUUAUAUGUGGAGUACUCACAGUCACAUCACCGAUAGCAGCAGAAGAAGCAUUUGAUAAUGGUCAAAUCAGACCAUUUUUUCCGUUGUUCAACAAAGAUCUUCUCUUGUCUGAUAUUGACUUUAACAAUUUAAAAAAUCGGCAACCUGUACAUCCACCUGUCAACACAGUUUUCGUCGAAACAGAAAAUAAUAAUCCUCCGACAACUUCCUCAUCACCCAACGAGAAUGUAGAAAUCUCAGGACCGUACUGUGAAUGGUCAAAAAAAGCGGUCGAACCAAAUACAAAUCCAGCUGAGGGUUGCAAAAAGAGCAAUUCCACUGGGUUUUCAAAACUUUGGAGAUUCCGAGAUUUCAUUCGUCGGAGUAACAGUGACGGAAGAGACGCGUUCGUGUUCUUGAACCCUACAACAACGUCGAAGGUCGUUAAGAAAGAAGAAGAUAAGGUUUUGGAGAAGAAAGAGACAAGUGUUAGUGAUGAGGUUAAAGUCAAUAAAGUAAUUACGCAGAAGAAGAAGAAGAAAGUUGUAAAGAAGAGUGAAGCAGUGUUAGCACAUGAAGCUUAUAUGAAGAGUAAAGCAAGAGAUGAAGAACGGCGACGAUCGUAUCUUCCUUACCGGCCGGAGCUCGUCGGGUUUUUCACUAAUGUGAAUGGUGGAUUGACCAGGAAUGUACACCCAUUCUAAAGGCACAAAGAAAGGUGGUGAAUGAGUCAAAGUUAGUUUUGUUUUUUCGUUUUGACUGGUGGAAAUAUUUUAAUUUUUUUAUUUUAAUGAUGUUGCGUUGACUUGGCUAGAUCGUGACACAAAGCUUGCGGCUAAGUAAUGGCUACGAGUUGAAAGUUGGUUUUUGUAAAUAAUCAUUCGACAUUCUAGUUUUAAUUCAAUGAUAAGACCAGACUUCUUAGGACUGCUUGGAAGUUGGAAUUUCCCCUUCAACCUUGUAUUUUGUAACCAGGUUGAGACGACUAUGAGUUGCUAGUUAUACAUUUUCUAUACUAUAUGUAUUUGAAGUUGUUUUA